AUGGCUUCUUUUGUUUCUACAGCUAGAAAUAAGUUUAUUUAUCUUUUGAACCAUCCAUCAGGACUGAAAACUGUUCAUUUUUGGGCGCCUACAAUGAAGUGGGGGUUGGUUUUGGCAGGUAUUGGGGAUUUAAAACGAUCAUCGGAUAAACUUUCUGUUUCACAAAAUAUGGCUUUGACAUUAACAGGGUCUAUAUGGACACGGUGGAGUAUGGUUAUUAAGCCAAAAAAUUAUCUGUUGGCAACAGUAAAUCUUUUUCUUGCAAUUACAGGAAGUGUUCAAUUGUUGCGGAUUUAUUUUUAUCGACAAGGGUUAGAACGAGCAGGUUCUAAAUGA